CCUUUUUGCGAAUUUCUGUAGGCAAUACCCGGAGCGAUGCAAUGUGUUACGAGGCUUGCCCUCCAGUUUUCUCGAAUCACAAACCAGCCAAUGACUGGCGACGGUGUGGUAAAUGACGAACGCCAACCUAACGACAGCGACAUAACAGGGCUGUUCGCCCGAGGUGCAGAAUUUAUUCAGGAAAUACCGGGGCGCGACCACUUGCAUCAUAGGCUUGGCUGUCGACCGCUUUUUACGCCGCUUAAGGGAAUCACAUUCGUCUUUGGUCCGCAAGAAACUUGCCCUGCUUAAGUGUAGCAAAAGUUUAUAAAACCAGAGACCACGCACAGCGCGCUUUUAGUUUUGCCCGGGACUUUAGUGCCGACGUUUAUCGAGAAGAUCGUUCAACCGACACCGAAAUCAUGUUCAGAUUGUUGAUACCGUGCCUGAUAUGGCUGUCAAGCGUCCGCUCGGAAACCGCAGUGGACAUGCACAUGCACAUGCCGGAUGGCAUGAUGGAAGACAAAGCGGCUAUGAAAAGGGAGUCGUAUUAUAAUCCGUGCCCUCCGACUUACUCGCAUCCUAUCUCGUACUCGCCGCCACCGCAAAUUUACGUGAAACCGUACGUGCAACCAGCGCCGAUACAGUAUAUUCCGAAACCGAUGAUCACCUACGUGAAACCAUCUCCACCACCGGUCGUUGUGAAACCAGCCCCGGUAAUCGUAAAGCCGAUCGUUCAAGAAAAAGUGGUUUACCCGAUCUAUCAGAAACCAAUGAUCUCGUAUGCGCCAAUCUAUCAAAAACCCAUCUAUUACGCGCCUAUGUAUCAGAAAUUGAUGUAUCAGGCACCUAAGGUGUACUUGAAGAAAUACGAACUACCGAUUACUCAAGUGAUUCAGAAGCCUCAGAUCUCAUAUCCCAUUCAGUACCAUCAGCCGAAAGUGGUACAGAUCCCGGCGCCACAGAUCAAUUUGGUGAAACUCGCACAACCCAUCGUUCAUACCCAGCCUAUUUACCAGUCGUCCAUAAAACCGUAUUGCCCUUAAGAAAAAUUCAUGGACAAAUGUCACGGUGCGAUUGCAACGAUCGAGUCGAUCGAUCGCUUAGGUCUUUUGAGAACGUUCCGGAAAAUCGAAAGAUAAUUCGGCGUU